AGCAAGCCAGAGGUGCCAGGGCCUGCUCAUUCGGUUCCAGCCACAGCCACCAUGCCCAGGAUGACCUGGGAGCUGCACGUGCUGCUUCUGUUGGGGCUGGGACUGGGGUCCCAGGAAGCCCUACCACCCCCCUGUGAGAGCCAGAUUUACUGCCAUGGGGAGCUCUUGCACCAAAUUCAGAUGGCUAAGCUCUACCAAGACGACAAGCAGUUUGUGGAUAUGUCACUGGCCACAUCUCCAGAUGAAGUCCUGCAGAGUUUCAGCAAGCUGGCCCUGACACACAAUAGCAGCAUCCCCAGGGGACAGCUUCAGGAGUUUGUUCAGAGGCACUUCCAGCCUGUGGGGCAGGAGCUGGAGCCCUGGGUCCCCGAGGACUGGAAAGACAGCCCUCAGUUCCUGCAGAAGAUCUCAGAUGCCAAGCUGCGUGCCUGGGCGGAGCAACUGCACCAGAUCUGGAAAAAGCUGGGGAAGAAGAUGAAACUGGAGGUUCUCAGCCACCCUGAGAGGUUCUCCCUGAUCUACUCAAAACACCCUUUCAUCGUGCCCGGAGGGCGUUUUGUCGAGUUCUACUACUGGGACUCCUACUGGGUGAUGGAAGGUUUGCUUCUCUCUGAGAUGGUCUCAACAGUGAAGGGCAUGCUACAGAACUUUCUGGAUCUGGUGGAGACCUAUGGUCACAUCCCUAAUGGUGGACGCGUGUAUUACCUGCAACGGAGCCAACCCCCACUCCUGACUCUCAUGAUGGAUUUAUAUGUAACUCACACCAAGGAUGUCAGCUUCCUACAGCAGAACAUUGAAACUCUAGCCUCCGAAUUGGACUUCUGGACUGUGAACAGAACUAUCACUGUGAACUCAGGAGGACGAAGCUAUAACUUGAACCGUUACUAUGUCCCUUAUGGGGGACCCAGGCCAGAGUCCUACAGCAAGGAUGCAGACUUGGCAAACACUGUGCCAGAAGGGGACCGAGAGGCUCUGUGGACUGAGCUCAAGGCUGGGGCUGAGUCUGGUUGGGACUUCUCGUCACGCUGGCUUGUCGGAGGCCCAAAGCCUGAUUUGCUUAGCAGCAUCCGAACCAGCAAAAUGGUGCCUGUUGACCUGAACGCUUUCCUGUGCCAAGCAGAAGGGUUGAUGAGUAACUUCUACUCUAGAUUAGGGAAUGACACCGAAGCCACAAAGUACAGAAACUUGAGGUCCCAGCGCUUGGCUGCCAUGGAGGCCGUCCUGUGGGACGAGCAGAAGGGAGCCUGGUUCGACUAUGACUUGGAAAAAGGGAGGAAGAACCUGGAGUUUUAUCCCUCCAACCUCGCCCCGCUCUGGGCUGGCUGCUUCUCAGACCCCAGCAUCAUUGACAAGGCUCUGAAAUACUUGGAGGACAACCACAUCUUGACCUACCAGUAUGGGAUCCCAACCUCUCUUCGAAACACAGGCCAGCAAUGGGACUUGCCCAAUGCCUGGGCCCCCCUGCAGGACCUGGUCAUCAGAGGUUUGGCCAAGUCAGCUUCCCCUCGGACUCAGGAGGUGGCUUUCCAGCUGGCCCAGAAUUGGAUCAGAACCAACUUCAAAGUCUACUCCCAAACGUCAGCAAUGUUUGAGAAGUAUGACAUCAGCAACGGUGGACAUCCAGGUGGAGGAGGGGAGUAUGAAGUUCAGGAAGGAUUUGGUUGGACCAACGGACUGGCCCUGAUGCUUCUGGAUCGCUAUGGUGACCAGCUGACUUCAGGGUCCCAGUUAGCUUCCCCAGGACUCCACUGCCUAGUGGCUGUGCUUCUUAUCAGCCUUCUGCUACAGUGAC